CACAUAUAUAUUCCGGGUUUUACUUUAUGCGUGUUUAGAUCACUGUAUCAACAGCUUACUCCACAUUUUCUGGUGUUAAAUGAUCUUUUAUCGAACUGGAUAUAUCCCCCUUCACGUCCCACCCACCAUCAGUUUCGGGAAACAGCAAGUGCGUAACAAACCUAAGCAGGAAGCGUCUUUUGUUGUGAUUGUCCUAUCAAGAAAACACGAACAAAUACACCAAAGGCAAUGGCAAGCGCACCUCCGUUGGAGACAUCAACUCUCGUGGGAUUCCCACCACCUCCACCCUAUGAGGAGACAAUGGGUACAGUCCCACUGUACACACCAGGACCGAUGUACUAUCCUCCAAAUGAUGUGAAGGGAGCUCAGCCUCCAUAUCCACAACAAGCCUAUGGAGAGAUGUAUCCACCACCCCCAGGAGCUCAACCGGUCACCACACCUGUUGUGUCUGUUCAGACGGUGUAUGUCCAGCCUGGUGCGCUGUUCAGAGAUAUCCCAGUUCAGGUACAUUGUCCAGAAUGCACACAGAAUGUGACGAGUCAGCUGGAUUUCACAUCAGGUACAUUAACCUGGCUCUCUUGUGCAGGCCUGGCCAUUUUUGGUUGUUUCUAUGGGUGUUGCCUGAUUCCCUUCUGUGUGGAUAGUUUGAAGGAUGUAACCCACCGCUGUCCAAACUGCCGCAGAACUUUAGGUGUUUACACAAGAAUCUGAAGCAUUUGCAGAGGAGCUGUGAAACAUACCUGAUGUGUAUCUGAAGAACAAAAUCUCAUCAAAUUAACUUGAGCAUUUUCACUGCUGUUGACACAACUGAAAUACAUAUACAUGUUUAUCAAUCUAUCUAUUCCUUAAUAUGCAUUUUACACUGACAUUCUUAAAUUUAUACUCACUGUGAUAAAGUAAAUAGCACAUAUACA